AGAAGAAGAAGAAGAAGAAGAAGAAGAAGAAGAAGAAGAAGAAGAAGAAGAAGAAGAAGAAGAAGAAGAAGAAGAAGAAGAAGAAGAAGAAGAAGAAGAAGAAGAAGAAGAAGAAGAAGAAGAAGAAGAAGAAGAAGAAGAAGAAGAAAGUCUGGAAGGAGGACUCAGAAGCUUUGCUGGCUUUGGAGCUUCUUCCUCUCGGAGCGCAGCGCAGCGCCGCUGAACUUGAGAUGGUAGCCGGGAGGUCGUGGUGAGGCGCUCCGUUGGAUGAGGCGCCGGCGGGGUCCCCCAAGGCCCGGGAAGGAUGGCGUGCUGUACGGGGCGCUGUACCCUAAUUUUCCUCUGCACUUUACAGCUGCUUGCUGCCUUAGAGAGACAAGUGUUUGAUUUCCUGGGAUACCAAUGGGCUCCAAUUCUUGCCAAUUUCCUCCACAUAAUCAUUGUCAUCCUUGGCCUGUUUGGUACAAUCCAGUAUAGGCCACGCUACAUUGUGGUGUAUGCCAUCUGGACAGCCAUCUGGGUCACUUGGAACAUCUUCAUCAUCUGCUUUUAUUUGGAGGUUGGCGGACUUUCGAAGGAGAGUGAGCUCUUGACCUUUAACAUCUCCCGGCACCAGUCCUGGUGGAGUGAAAAUGGUCCUGGAUGCGUAAGGAAGGAGUCUCCCAUGGUCGGUAUCAAGGGCUUGGACAGCCAUUCCUACGUCUCCGUGAUCGGUUGCGCUUUGGAAUAUCGCUACAUCGAGGUCAUGCACAGUGCAAUGCAGAUUCUGGUGGCGCUGGUGGGCUUCGUCUACGCCUGUUACGUUGUCAGUGUUUUUACAGAAGAAGAAGACAGCUUUGAUUUCAUUGGUGGAUUUGACCCAUUCCCUCUCUACCAUGUCAAUGAAAAGCCAUCCAACCUUUUGUUCAAGCAGACAUACCUGCCUGCGUAAGUGACGAGGAUCCAGAGUCUGCACAGACUGAAACCAUCCAUCCAAGAUUCCCCAAAUGCCGGAUGUCCCAGAUGCAAAGAGAUGGGAAACACAUUCCACUUGAAAGAAACACAAAAACACAGACACACAUGCAGAUACGCACAUACACAACAAGAUGACUGAACUCCAACAAGUGGGCAUUCAGGCCCAAAUAUCGUUUUGCUGGCCAGCCACUCAUGCCAAUGUCUCUUCAAUGUGCUAGCUCAUUAGUGGACUUGCAGGUUUUGCUGUGAAUGAAUGAAUGAAUGAAUGAAUGAAUGAAUGAAUCGGGGAGGAAAUACUGUUUCCCUUCCCCACACCACUCCAUUGAGAAUCAGAAGAAGGUAUUUGGAGAAUCUCAACUUGACUCUGUAGCACACAUCUUUCGCAGGAGCGCCCUUGAGUGCUGUUCACUUCCAAGGUAUCAUUGCUUCCACUUCGUUGUGACAAAUGGACUGAUCCAGUGGAGAUUGGUGCCUAUUCAGAUAGGUAGGGUGGAAUACAGGGAGGCCAACAAUAGGUGGCACUAGAGAGCAUAGCUGAGCCAAUGACAGGCAGGACCAACUAAUUCUGCUUUUGUCCCCACCCUCUUUCUCUACAGUUCUUCCCACUCCCCCAAACUCCAAACCUACUUCAAACUGUUUCACCUUACCGUUUCCCAUAAUGGACAACGUGUUGGUUGAACUUGCAAGUUCCUUGGUGGUGGUGGGGUUUUUUUUAGAUGUCAUGGGAAAACUAUUUAGAACCCAAUUCUAUGUUAUUCUGGCUCUCUGUACCCUCAUUCAUUAAGGUCUGCAGAGAUGUGGAGAACUAUGAUGUCCGUCAGCCCAAGCAGGCAUGACCAAUGGCUAGGGAUGAUAGGAGCUGUAGUUAAGCUGUAUCUGGAGGACCAAAGGUUCCAUCCAUAUGGUCUAUUGCUUGGGUGGCUACCUGGCGAGCCCCUUUGCUGGAUCCAUCCUCCAAAGCUAUUUUUAGCUGGCUUUCAGUGGGCCUAUCUCAUUCUAACUGCAAUGAGGUACAAAGCAUCAAGUUUCUGCACUUGUAACAAGACAUCCCUCACUUAGUACAGUAGAUCUCCAAAAACAUAUAGCUCAUCCGUGGAUAUCAUGGGCCAUGUCAGAUUUCUCAAGCCUUUCGCGCUAGAAGGAUCCCAAGAUUGAUCUUUGUCCGAAUGUUUUCUUCAUUCUUGUGGUCUUAUAAAGGGAUUAGAUAAAUUCAUGGGUGGGCUAUGUCCAUAACAGCAGCUGUCAGUCAUGUUGGCAUUCCUCCAGGCUGAGAGACAGCUUGCCAGUGAGUUCCAGUUGCUGGGGGGCAACAGAGAAGACUAUUUCCUUCACGCCGUGCUUGGGGACUUUUCAAAGGCCUCUGAUCAGCCAGUGUGAGCAACAGGAUGCUCGGCUAGGACUUUUGGACUGACCUAAGCAGAUACUCAUCUUACCUCAUUGCCCACAGAAAAAGUCUCGUGCCAUAUAUAUUGUGGCUGAGAGUUUUCUCCUGUUCUUUCGCUUCCUUGUAACAGCCCCCUCCCCAAACCGAUGGCUCCAUAUCCCACCCUUUCUUACUGUCCCUGCACUGCUUCCCCUUCUCUACAAUUCACACCUACUCCAUGCCAAGUCUACCUGCUGCCUUCCAUCCUCAUCCCAGAGCACAAUUCCCACGCUGAAGCUGCCCUCAGGUCUCCUUCAGCCGUCAAUACCACUUUUUAGCUCCCCCCCCCCCGGAUUAUUACUUUUUGGAUCCCACGGAUACCGAAGCAGAGCAGAACAUUUUCUGGUUAACACACGCAUGCACAUUCUCCUACGUCAGCUCUCUCUCUCGAUUUGCAACCAUGCCCACCGACAAUGCCCUUUGUGCUAAAUGGGGACGGGGAGUCGACUUUACUACACAACUUCACCACUUGCGAAGGUCCGAGCUCUGGACUGUUGUCUGCAAAACCAAGUGGCUUUUUGAGAAUCCUGGUGCAUAGCAAGGCGGCAAGUGUUUCAAGCAAAAGGGCGCCUCUCUGCAGAAUUCUUCCAACUGCUGUGAUGCUAAGACCCUGCAUCUGUCAUAGGCAACCCACAUGUGCCUUUAAAAAUAAAAAAAGUUAAUCUGCAACAGUCAUAUCACAGGGACCUUCCAGAUGCUAAAAAGGAGAAAGGAAGGAAGGAAGGAAGGAAGGAAGGAAGGAAGGAAGGAAGGAAGGAAGGAAGGAAGGAAGGAAGGAAGGAAGGAACAAAGGAAGGAACAAGUAUCCUUUCUUUCUUUCUUUAACAUUCUUCUCUGGGUUGAGAAGCCAGGCGACUGAUGCUCAAAUAUGACAUUGUGUGAAUCUGAUUGUGGGCUACUUAAGAGCCAUGUCGAGUUUCAGGACUCCCUUCUUCUCAGCCUUGCAAGAUAGCUAUGCCCUGCCUGUGCCACAGCUGGAGGCAGGAAUGCUUCUGAAUACCAGUUGCUGCAAACCACAAGAGGGUAGAGUUACUCUUGUGCUCAUGUCCUGCUCCCUGGUUUCCCACAGGCAUUACGGUUGGACACUGUGAGAACUGGACGCUGGACUAGAUGGGCCAUUGGCCUGAUCCAGCAGGCUCUUCUUAUCUUCUUAAGAGCGAAGAUCCACAUUCACAGGCAGACAGCUUCUGCCCUCUCCCCUCUCCAUUAAGCCAUAUAACCUAUAGGGUUAUGCUAGUGACCACGAGCCAUGACUUGCAUGCCUGCACCUCUGAAGAGGGCCACAACGGUCCAAGGAGAAAGCACGAAGGAAACACACAAGCAAAUCGUCAUAGUGGUGCAGGACACAAGGGUGCCAAGGAUCGGGACCACCAUUCAGCCCAUUGCAUUGGUUUGGUUGAGCAGACAUUUCCAUGUGAUCUGGCCUCGUGUUCUGUGAAGGGCUCCAUGGUGAAGUCCUCUAGAAGACAGUAGGGGUUUUUUUGGUUUGUUUGUUUUUAAUUAGCAUGAUUCUUCUCUCUGUUCUUUGUUACCGUUCUAAUAAAUUAAUGCUUUAAAUACACAAACCUCAUUUGACGUCCAUCAUUCAAGCGUUUUUUGAUCAAACAUCACAGAUAUUGUCUUCUCCUGUCCCCCUCAAGGAUGGUGACAAUCCAGUUCUCCAUAGCACGGUUGAGAGGGAAUACUGUAAUUGCUAGAGAGGGGAGGAGGCAGAUAUAGUGCCGUUUGCAAUUUUUUCUCUGAUUGGAAAUAAGGCUAGAUGAGGAUUCUGGAAUCACCUUUCCACACAGCCAAAUCAUUUCUGCAAAGAUCCUCAGUUAAGCUCAGUUCAAGAUCAGUUUGGUAUUUACUAGCUUUCUUUAUAAUUCGGGGGGGGGGCUCACCUUUUCCCCAAGCACUGUGUUGGCUGAUGAGUGAUGAUGGCACAUGUGCAUCUCAUUACAUUGCCCCUUAAAAAUUGUAGUUUUCAAUGCACCCUUCAAAAAAUAACAACAUACCAGGGAACAAAAAUCAUGUUAUCAGUGCUUCUACCCUCCCACCAAGGAUCUCAGGGGAUCCCUUCCCUUUGGAAGAUACCUGGUGAGCUCUUCCCUUGGAUGAGUUUCAAACUUUUCUCAUCCUCAGAGCCCUUCUGAAAUUUGUCCAUUUAAUCAGCCUUGUUUCCCCAUUAAUCCCUCUAUCACAGGCAUCCCCAAACUGUGGCCCUCCAGAUGUUUUGGCCUACAACUCCCAUGAUCCCUAGCUAAGAGGACCAGUGGUCAGGGAUGAUGAGAAUUGUAGUCCAAAACAUCUGGAGGGCCGAAGUUUGGGGAUGCCUGUAAUAGACCAAGUUGGGGGAAAUUGCUUUGGAAAAAAUGUAUUAAGGGGAACUGCAUACUGUAUUUACUCAAAUCUAAUGCUCAGCUUUUUUGGUCAAAUUACGUUGCUAAAAUUAAGGUGCGCAUUAGAUUUGGUGGCACAUUUACAGUCACCAGCAAAUACUCUUUUGGUUUCAAGAUUCUGAAAUUGGAGGUGCACAUUACAUUCGAUGGUGCAUUAGACUCAAGUAAAUACGGCAUAAAAUUGUGUAUAGUGGGAUCAAUCUGAAUUAAAGUGCGACAUGAGGGCUUUUCUUGAAAAUACAUCGCAAAUUGAAGCAGAACUGUGGAGGACUGAACUUAAACAUUGGCAAAAGGGAAAACUGAGAGAAACCAACAUUAGCAGAUCUACCCAACCUAAAUGUUGAGCCAGGAAAUAUCUCCCUGGGGAAAUGGCACUUGAUCUGUAAUGCACCCAAGCAUUUGAAGCUAGACAAAUUCAUAUUCCGAACCAGGCAGUAAGAAGGCAUGAAUGAGGCUGCUCAGGUAAAGGCACCAGUUUUGUUACUUUGGUACCAAAAAGAAAUUGUGCCAAAUGAAUGUUUUUCAGCAGACAGUAUCAUGAGCACACACACACACACACAAAUAAAGCCACAAAAUUUAAAAUACAAAAUUUCUCUAUUGUGGUGGUAGAGAAGUUGCAAACUGUUCACUGUAGGGACAUACUGUAGGGAUGGAGAUGAAAUUUGAUUCUGAUCACAUUUAAAUGCAAAUGGAUAAAAAUUUCCGAAACAUGAGAAUUGAAACACAAUCAUUCUUCAAAAUUUGCAGUUGUCUGAACCAAAGAACAAUUACAAACAUGCACAUAUUAGAUGUGCAUAAAAUGAUUAUAUUCAUGAAAACAAGGUACAAAAAUGAAUUAGAUUCGGAGAAAUUGCUUGCAAAAAUAUGUAUGUUAGUCACAUUCCCUAACCAAUUCCCCCAACCCUUCUUUGUAAGGCUUAGUUACCAAACCUCUGCUCAUCUUAGUUGCUCUCCUCUGCACAUGUUCCAACUUGUCAACACCCUUCUUAAAUUGUGGUGCCCAGAACUGGACACGGCAUUCCAGGUGUGGUCUGACCA